AUGGAAGCCGGUGCCGCACAAGCUGGUCGAGUGCACGUACGAGAUGAGGUCGGAAGCAAGUGUCAAAAAUUGUUUCAGGAUUUCCUGGAGGAAUUUAAGGAAGAAGGAGUUGUCAAAUACUUUGAUGCCGCUAAGGAACUUGUCAGUCCGGAACGCUGUACGUUGGAGGUGUCUUUCGAAGAUGCGGAAUCUUACAACCAAGUUCUGGCUACAACCAUUAUCGAGGAAUACUACAGGGUAUAUCCAUUUCUGUGUCAGGCAGUAUGCAAUUUUGUCAGAGACGUGGGGGAAUUGCAGAAGGACAAGGAGUGUUACGUCAGUUUCGUCGAUGUACCCACUAGACACAAGUUGAGGGAAUUAAACACAUCACGACUGGGCACUUUGGCUCGCAUAUCCGGGCAGGUAGUGCGCACGCAUCCCGUUCACCCUGAAUUAGUCCUUGGCACAUUUAUCUGCAUGGACUGCAACACGUACAUUAGAAACGUAGAGCAGCAAUUUAAGUUCACAAAUCCCACAAUCUGCACCAAUCCGGUAUGCAACAACAGACGCCGCUUUCUGUUGGAUGUUGACAAUUCGGUGUUCAUCGAUUUUCAAAAAGUCAGGAUACAGGAAACGCAAGCUGAGUUACCCAGAGGAGCCAUACCCCGUUCUGUGGAAAUCAUCUUGCGAGCCGAGAUGGUUGAACUGGUGCAAGCUGGUGAUAGGUAUGACUUCACGGGAACGCUCAUAGUGGUGCCGGACGUGGCGGCGUUGUCCUUACCGAACGCCAAGGCAGAGAUUGGACCAAAGAGCAGGAACAACGAGCAGAGAGAGGGUGUGAGUGGCCUGAAGGCGCUUGGCGUCAGAGAGCUGACGUACAAAACGGCCUUCCUCGCCUGCAGCGUCACCCCCACGAGUCUAAGGUUUGGAGGCACCGACAUGACGAUGGAGGAGCUCACUCAGGAGAUGAUGAAGAAGCAGAUGUCGGAGGCCGAGUGGAACCGCAUCUACGAGAUGAGUCGCGACAAGAAUCUCUACGAGAACUUGGUCUCCAGCCUGUUCCCGGCCAUCCACGGCAACGACGAGAUCAAGAAGGGCAUCACGCUGAUGUUCUUCGGCGGCGUGCCGAAGACCACGGAGGAGGGCACGUCGCUGAGAGGAGACAUCAACGUCUGCGUCGUUGGCGAUCCCAGUACCGCGAAGUCGCAGUUCCUCAAGUGCGUGGCCGACAUCUCGCCCAGGGCGGUUUACACGUCCGGGAAGGCAUCGAGCGCGGCCGGUCUGACCGCGGCGGUGGUGCGCGACGAGGAAUCCUCGGACUUCGUCAUCGAGGCUGGCGCAUUGAUGCUUGCGGACCACGGUAUCUGCUGCAUCGACGAAUUCGACAAGAUGGACCCGAAGGACCAGGUCGCCAUUCACGAAGCAAUGGAGCAGCAGACAAUUUCGAUAGCCAAGGCCGGCGUGAGAGCGACCCUGAACGCGCGGACGUCCAUACUAGCGGCGGCGAAUCCCAUCGGCGGACGGUACGACAGGAGAAAAUCACUGCAGCAGAACGUGCAGCUGACCGCGCCCAUCAUGUCGAGGUUCGACUUGUUCUUCGUCGUGCUCGACGAGUGCAACGAGAUCGUCGACAACGCGAUCGCCAAGAGGAUCAUAGACCUGCACUGCGACAAUCUCAACGAUCUGCAGAUGGUGUACAAGCAGGAAGAGAUUAUCAGAUACAUCAACUUCGCCAAGCACUUCAAACCCCUUCUGAGCCAGGAGGCUGCCGAUCUUCUAGUCGAGAACUACACGACUCUCAGACAGAGGACCGGCAGUGGCAGCGGGAAAUGGCGGGUCACCGUGAGGCAGUUGGAGAGCAUGGUCCGGUUGUCCGAAGCACUGGCGAAGCUGGAAUGCGUGGACGAAGUGACGGUGAAGCACGUCAGAGAAGCGAAACGGUUGCUGCAGAAGAGUAUAAUCACCGUGGAGCAGCCGGACGUGGAUCUCGAGGAGGGCAUGAACGACGCGAACAUGGGGAUGGACAUCGAUGAGCCACCACCGCUCAUGGCAGCGCUCAAUGCGCUGGACAAUAACGAUGACGCACCACCUCCGACUCCGUCCAACGCGACCCAGGAACCACCGAAGAAGAAGUUAACGAUGUCCUUCGAGGAGUACAAGAAUCUGUCGAACAUGUUGGUUCUCUACAUGAGGGGCGAGGAAAAUCGUGUUGAGAGCGAAGGUGACAAUAAGGGUGGCAUACGAAAGUCCGAAUUGGUUGCGUGGUACCUUGAUCAAAUACAGGAGCAGUUAGAUUCGGAGGAAGAGUUGCUGGAACGAAAAGGCUUCAUUGAGAAGAUCAUUGAGAGAUUGACGUAUCAUGACCAAAUUAUAAUACCUUUGACGACUACCAAUUUGAGGAGCAGGGAUAGAGAAGAUGAGGCAGAAGAAGAUCCCCUGCUCGUCGUUCAUCCCAAUUACGUUAUGGACAUAUAAUGUUUACGCAUUGUAUCAUAUCGACAUCACGAUAAUCAAAGUGCCUGAGCAAUAUAAAGUUACAAUUCUUGCAGAGAAGUUGCGUGUUUUAAUAUAUAUUUUUUUAAUCUCCGUCUGAUUUUUAUUCGAAUAGCGAAAACAUCGUAAACUUUGUAAAAUUAUUUUCAACGAUUGUGACGAUGAUAAAAAUACAUUUUUACGUUUACAGCA